CGGCCCCGGCGCCCCGGCCCGCCGCCCGCGCUUCAUGGCUGCGCACGAAUGGGACUGGUUCCAACGAGAGGAGCUCAUCGGGCAGAUCAGCGACAUCCGCGUCCAGAACCUGCAAGUUGAGAGGGAAAAUGUGCAGAAGAGAACCUUUACUCGAUGGGUAAAUCUGCAUCUAGAGAAGUGCGACCCACCCCUAGAAGUUAAAGAUUUAUUCGUUGAUAUACAAGAUGGCAAGAUCCUAAUGGCUUUGUUAGAAGUCCUGUCUGGGCGGAAUCUGCUGCACGAGUACAAACCCUCGUCCCACCGCAUCUUCCGCUUGAACAACAUAGCGAAAGCGCUUAAGUUUUUGGAAGAUAGCAACGUAAAGCUGGUUAGCAUCGAUGCAGCCGAAAUAGCAGACGGCAACCCCUCGUUGGUUCUCGGGCUGGUGUGGAACAUUAUUCUCUUCUUCCAGAUUAAGGAGCUCACGGGCAAUCUCAGCAGGAACUCUCCAUCUUCCAGCCUGUCACCUGGCUCGGCGGGCACAGAUUCAGACUCUUCCUUCCCACCCACACCCACCGCGGAGAGGAGCGUGGCGAUAUCGGUGAAGGAUCAGAGGAGGGCCAUCAGGACCCUGCUGGCAUGGGUGCAGAGGAAAACGAGGAAGUAUGGGGUGGCGGUGCAGGACUUCGCGGGCAGCUGGAGAAGCGGGAUGGCGUUCCUGGCCGUGAUCAAGGCCAUCGACCCCAGCCUGGUGGACAUGAAGCAGGCCCUGGAAGACUCCAUGCGGGAGAACCUGGAGAAGGCCUUCCGCAUCGCACACGAGGCCCUUCACAUCCCCAGGCUGCUGGAGCCCGAAGACAUCAUGGUUGACACCCCAGAUGAGCAGUCCAUCGUGACUUACGUGGCACAAUUUCUGGAACAUUUCCCGGACCUGGAGGCUGAGGAUUUCGUGGAUUCGGAUAAAGAAGCCCCUAUCGAGUCCACCUUUGUCCGCAUCAAAGAAACACCUUCUGAACAGGAGAGCACAGUCUUCCUUCUGACCGAAAAUGGCGAGCGAGCCUACACCAUCAACCACGAAGCCAGCCACCCGCCGCCCUCCAAAGUCUUUGUCUGUGACAAGUCCGAGAGCGCGAAGGAGCGCUUCCUGGAUGGUGUGCCCAGUCGGGCGCUGACAGACAGCUCCACCGAGUUCAUGCACCAGAUCAUUGACCAGGCCCUCCAAGGGGUCCCAGGGAAGGCCAGCAGCACCAGUGAGCCGUCUCCAGAAUCUUCCAUCUUAUCAUCCAGAAAGGACAACCGGAGGUCCAACUCUUUGCCAGUCAAGAAGACCGUGCACUUCGAGGCGGACACGCUCAAGGAUGCUUCUUGCAGUAAAGACCCUUUCUACGGUCAAGACCUUCGCUUUGAAGGGAGCCCGAGAGGGACAAAGGACUCGUUGCUGAAGCAGGAUGGGGACGUCCUGGCAGUUGAGAUUGCCGAGGAAAAGCUGAAACCGGAAUCCCCAAAGGUUUCGGAAGCAGCCUCUGAUGAGUCGCCUGGUGACGAGUCUUCGGUGCACGGGGAGAUCAAUCAUUCGCAGACUUCCAAGAGUUGCCCCUCAUGGAACGGGUCACCAGAGGGUGCAGCCGACGGUGGGGAGGAGGAGAGUCGUCCCCUGUCGCCCCUCGGGGACAACACCGUUAUAGCUGACUCCUUGCAGAUCAAGGUCAAGCUGCUGACCGUAGAAGCGAUGGACGAGGAAGACUGUUUUGAAGGCAUACCUUUAAAAGCCUCGAAGUUCAACAGCGACCUAAUAGAUUUUGCCUCGACCAGCCAGGCCUUCGGUGAGGUUCCUGAGCCUCAUGAGAAGAAACCUGUCGAGGAAGAGGUUUCGGAGAAUCGUGCUGAGCGGUUGGGGAAGAGGAGAAGUAAAUCCGCGCACCAGAGGAAGGACUCGGACCAGUCCCCAGAGAGGCCUGACAAGCAGGACCCUGGGCAAGAAGACCAAGGCUGCUCUUUGGCCCCCGAGGAGGCGCCGGUGGAUAGAAAGCCGGAAGUGUACGAGAAGCCCAAGCGCAAGUCCACACGGCGCCGUCAGGGCGAGGACGAGGUGGAGAACGUCGGGCCGCAGGGGCUGGGCGGGGAGCUGCCCUCUGACCCCCCGAGCAGCAGUGCCAGCCUGGAGACCCUGCGCAGCCGCAGCGAGGAAGGCCUGGACUUCAGGCCCUCCCCGCCCUUGUCCAAGGUCUCCGUCAUUCCCCACGAGCUUUUCUACUACCCGCACUACGAGGUGCCCUUGGCUGCUGUGUUGGAGGCUUAUGCGGAAGGCUCGGAGGAUUUGAAACCCGAGGACCUGGAUAUGGAGGAGUCAGAGGACUAUCUGUGUGAUCUGGGGCCCGGGGACGAGGUGGAGGAGGCGGAGGAGGCCAGGGACGAGGUCGAGGAGGCCGAGGUCUCUCGGAACAGUUGUAGCUUCGAGGAGGUCCCCAAGGCCAUCAUCCCGGCCCCGAGUACCGACAGGGGUGCAGAGGGCACCGGACCAGCCUUGGAGCCCGCGCCCCCGUCUCCACAGGAAGACCACCAGCAAGAGGAGACCCAAGAGAGUGGCUCUGUGGAGGGCCAUCAGUCCCAGGAAUUCGGAAACUCGGGAAACUUAGCAAACUCUUUAGAAGAAAAGGUAAUGGGAGAAUCAACCAGCAGUAAAAAGAAGGAAAAAAGGAAGCACGUGGACCACGUAGAAAGUUCAAUGUUUAUAGCGCCCGGCACCGUCCGAUCCUCAGAUGACCUAGAAGAAGACACUGGUGACCACAAAGUGCUCUCCAGGACUAGUCACAGUGACUCCAGCAUUUACAUUCGACGACAUACUAACAGGUCUUUGGAAUCGGACCAUUUUAACUAUGUUCAAUUGAGGAAUGCAGCAGAUCUGGAUGACAGAAGAAACCGAACGUUAACCAGGUACAAUACUCAGAAGCUCACUGAGCUGAUGUUACAGUUUUAUGGCAUCAGAGCAGACAUGAAGAGGGAGUGCAAACAUACCAAGAUGUCUCUGAAAGCCAACGACUCCGGCGAAGCCAUGUUGCAGAAGAGCCGGAGCCCAAGGAGCGACUCUCUGACACAGUUUGUCCAGCAGCCGGAUAUGAUGUAUUUUAUUCUCUUCCUCUGGCUCCUGGUUUACUGCCUCCUGCUCUUCCCCCAGCUGGACGUCACCAGAUUCUGAUGCGCGUGUCUGCAUAAUAAAAACGACAGGCUCCUGACUGGGGGGCGGGAGCCCUUCUCACUUCCCUUUC